GUGCUAUUCAUUGAGUAAUUCUUCUAAAUCACGAAAGCCAUGUGUGAAUUGUUUACUUUUAUUAUUCUAUAAUUACUCUGAAAAUAUGGAAAAGAGCGUAGUGAAAUGCUUUGCGGUUAAUUAUAAGCCUAUAAUAAUAGAUGAGAUCGCGUUAGAAGGCUUAGAAGGUAUAGGAGUUGAUUUAUUAUGGAGACGAGUACAAAAACGUAUUUCAUCAGAUCUAACAGAGAAAAUGAAAGUUCGUUACUGGAAUUUUAUUGUAAAUAGUGGUAAAGUGUCUUUCUACCAAUUGCCUGAACCUCUGCCUUACCUGGAACUACUGGAUAGAUUCGAAAUUAUUAACGAAGCUACCGGCCACUUGAGAGAACCUGAUGUGCCAAUAGACGGUCCCUAUGAAUAUAAGCCAAUAGAAGGUGAGUAUGGGUCCUGUAGAUACUAUGAAACACGGACAUUAAUACCCAUAGAGAAUCUAAAGACAAAGACUUAUGAAGCUGUAAUGUUGGAAUAUGGAGACACGCUGAUAAUUGUUGCGAAUAAAGAAGAAAGAUGGCAUGCUCUAGCCCCACACCAGCCGAUAAGUAAUAUAGCUCAGUUAAGUAGUAUACAUUACUGUAUGUUGGAGCUGAUUGGGAGAUCUAGGGAUAAUGGUCAAUCAACAAUAGGCCGAACCAAUUUAAAUAAAAUCAUAAAGGACCCUAAAACUCUGUUCUAUAAUAGGAAAUAUUUAGGAAAUCAGGACUUGAUCAAGACAAAUAUUGUCACUGAAUCAAUAGCAGGGAAAGGAUUCAAGGCUCUGUUGGUUCGAUUGAAGAGGUUCAGCCAACCAAGUAUAUUGACUAUGCCCAAAGUAGGCAUACUACACAAUGUAGUACAAUAUCUUUUACAACAACCAGACUUCAGUGAAAAAACUGAAGUUAUAGUAAAAAAAGGUCUCAUAUCCCAGAAACAGAACAAGAGACUGCAGAAAACUGUUAAUAUUUUCAAGUUUGAAGAAAGAACUAUAGAACCAGAUGAAACAAACAAAUUAAAGACAAGUAUCAAAAGAAAGUUUAUUUACCUUUCAUCCCGUAAUGAUGAGUCUUCAGAAUCCGAAGAGGAGUCCCAGGGACCCCCGAUGAAGUGUCAGUACAAAAUUGGUGUAAGCCUUUUAAGACAGGCAUAUGAAAGAUUCCUCGAUGCAGGCCUUGAAGGUCUCACGCAGGUCCAAUUAGGCCAGCAGCUCGGUGUGGAAUUCUACACCAGUCGAGGCAUCUGUAGGAUGUUCAAAGCCAAGAAUAUUGUUCGAGAAUAUCUUGAGGAUAAGGGAAAGCAGAGAACUGCUAGAUUUAUUGCUAGAGCUGCCACUGGAGAAAUGGACGUUCGAUAUUCAGAGGAGAAACAGAAAUUCCUGGAAUAUUUGAAAGAAUCACAAGUACCGAAAGAAGAUGUUGAGCCUUCUGAAGAUGAAGUACCAGCUAAGAAAAUUAAACUGGAAGAUAAACCUUCUACUAGCAGUACUGAUGUAACGGGCCAAAAUUCUGACGAAGAUAUCAUGGCCGACGUAGAUAUGACCCCAGAAAAAGUAAUCACAGAAGUAAAGGUCCUUGAUGGCUUUGAAAACACCAAAACCCUCGGAAGCUUCACAAAGAACCCAACCUUGAGACAAUUGACUUUUGCAAAUGGUGUGUUCAAAGUCCUCAAGAAGAAACAAUGUGUCAGUGGCUAUAUAACACUCAGCAACCUCACUUCCAAAGAAAUUAACGAGCCUCCUAUGGACACAAAAGCCCUUAAAUCAUUUGUACAGAAACUGGUAACCGACGCACAUAUCAAAAUUUAUAAAAUUAAGUGGCCUGGCAUUCAAAAGUAUUCAGUCUUAAUUUGUGCUGCUCACGUCAAAGCUACAGAUCCCAUAAUAAAAGCCAAGUACAAAGAGAUUUGUAUGAGGGCAGUGACUAACAAAAAAGUGUCACUCAAAAAAGAAAUCGCAGAAAACACUUCUCCUUCUAUAACACAAUUUGCAAACCCACGAUACAUGAAAAUACAGAAGCUUCAUGAAUUUCUAACUAAAUUGGCAUAUUUUGAGCAUGUUAAACCAGAAUCGCAUUCAUUACCUGCAGGCUUCGUCAGCAUAGUUGAUUUCAUACAGGAAGUUACAAUAGGAUUCGCUAUCCAAAACAUGGCCAGUGCUAUAGAAACGAACCCGCUGGUCAACCAGAGCCAGCUGGAUAUCAAAAUGAAAGAUGCUCCGCCACAUAUUUACAAAGCUCUGAUGAGAUCUUGCACAUUGCAAAAUGCAAUAAGACUCAAUUUAAAAGUACUGGCAAUGCUGGGCCUUAUACAACUGGUUCGCCCGGUAACAGAUGAGAAGAUCAAAGAAAAAUCAUAUUAUUUUGAAACAUUUGAAGAUGUGUCUAAGUAUUGGCUUGAUGUUUUUCAAAUAAGUGUUAAUACGAUUAUAGAGUUAGAAAAACGCAGCAGGAAACAACUUCAGCCGCCGCAGCGGUAUGAGGACGAGGUGUUAGCGCACGACAACGGUACCCGUUAUGGUGACGGCAAUGGACCAUGUGGAUUCGACUCUUGCUUCUACAUGGAAAUGCCUCGUCUCUGGCAAACGUACUAUGUGCGACCCAUACAGUCUCAUAGCUCACCGAAAAAGGGGAAAAUUCAAAUAAAAAUCCCCAAACUAAAGAGAAAGAAUAAAACAAAACGUGAAACUAAAAUUAAAACUACUUCGAAAAUAGUGGCCGAGAGACUAGCAAACGAAAAAUUAACUCGUAAACGAAGUGACACUACAAUAAAAUGGUCGAAAUCUGAGGAUUUGAUAAUAACUAUAUGUAAAGCUGCUAUAACAAUACUGAGUCCUAGCUCACAACCCGGCACUUUGAUUGUAAGAAAUAUAGUUGCCAAAGAUAUUCUCUCUAUAAAGGAUCCGAAAAAGACUAAAAGCGUAUGCCAUAGCAGGGCUUCAACUCUAGAAAGUAACUUAACACUAAUUCAUGAAAAGCACUGCAUUAUUAAUGAACUUAAAAGAAGACGAAAUCUAUUACAAAAAUAUGAAGGAUUGUUAAAGAAACUCAGACUGAGAUACUCAACGAACAUGACAAAGUUUAUCAACAAGGCGCGCCUUCCCAUGAUGGAAUUAGUUUGGGUUAUAUUACAGGUGAUGCAGUCUAAAUCAUACAUACAAAAAGUGCCAUGUGUAGCAUCGAACUUAGCGGAUUUCUACGAACAUUUCACGAUCAUAACAUCUACUGCCAAUAAAUUAUGUAACAUGUUCAAAGUGCCUGAACAUGUCACUUUGAAGGAGGCUGUAGUACUCACAAUAAUGCAAACAAUAGACUCAGAAAUCAGUACGGAAUUGGGUAAAAAGAUAUAUAAAACGUUUGAGGAAUACCCUGAGGCUGCUGUAAGGUCCGCUGUAGAACAGCUACGUAAGUGCGGCGCCAUCGCGGCUAAAGAGAAAAUAUUUAACAAUCAAAUGCGCAAGCUUGAUUUAGAAGACAUUUGUCAAUCCUCAUAUAAGAUAUCCGCGUUCUAUCAACGUAAAUGGGUGAGCCGAUUGAACUCAGAAUUUAUAGAUAAUUUGAGUACUUUGUUGGAUGUGGAGCAAACUGAGAGUGAUGUUAAAGGGUCGGCGGAAUUAAAUUGUUUGUACUGUGAGAUGAAUGCGUACGACAUUAUAGACAUAGUGUCGACCAGUGCGCCUCUCAUCACAGACGCUGCAGGGGCACCCAUUAUGCCUGAAGAAAUAAACGUACUAGUCAUCGAUUCUAAGUACCGAUUGAAAACGGGAACCUUGAGAUGGAAAAACAAAUCAAGUUUGGCUAAAAUUUCUGAACUGUUUAGUCAUAUGGAUCUUAACCAUAGCUUGAAGUAUUUAUCCAGUUACACCACAGUGGAUGCUAAGGAAAUUAAACAAAAUGUUGAUAAAAGAGAUCCAAUACUAGAGCGUUUGGAUGAAGUAGGUGAAAAAGGAGCAUCAUUUGCUGAGCUACAGAAACUCUCCGGAAUGAGUGAGAAGGAGUUGAUUGAAAAAUUGCAACAAAUGGAAAACAAGAAAAUUCUGAAACGGGUUGGCUUCUAUGAAAAUCUUAUAGUACUACCCAAAUAUUUAGCACCAUGGACGAUAAAAGUAGGAGACAAACACAUAAUAAUAACUCCUUGGCUAACUUUAACUGGUAAAGCAAGGCCGGAUAUAUUUUUCAAGUGGUGUGGUGUUAUUAUGAAUUUAAUAUUUGAAAGACCUGGCUGCUCAGUCUCCUAUUUAGCUGAUAAAUGCGAGUAUUUAACGUACCGAUCAGCACAAGAUGUUUGCAUGUUCUUAGAAAAAUAUGAAUGUAUAAAACUAGCCAUGGUAAAUCUCCAACCAGUAGAUUUAUUUUCGGACGAAGCUUACGAUCCUGAAAUGGAGGACUUCAAUCCCUAUGGAGCUCCCGAAAAAAUGAUAGCACAUCCUGUCAAAAAUUGUCUAACAAAAUAUUGUUAUAUUAAGAAAAAAGUAUUAGAUUUGGAAUCAAACGAUGCUCUAAUGGAUAAGUUGUUUAAAUGUUAACUCUCGUAAAAUAUAUAUUUAGUGUUACUAAUAUUUAUUCAAAAUAAAGACGAUUAUUACCUAAACCUGCA